CCGAUUUAAAGGGAAAACACUCUCGUUACAGGUUUGUCAUCACCCUGCCGUGUAGAUACCAAGAAUAAAGGGAGCAUCGCAGCACAGACAUUAUCGAGACGGUACCCUGUGCCUUGUUAUGACUGGGCAUGAUUGUUAACACUGCAUAAAAAGAUCAAGGCUUUGUUGUAUUAGAAUGUCUGAAAAAUAUAAAACACCACGCACAACUGAGCUGGAGUUUGGGGGAUUAUUGGGUGCAGUAUGUCUUCCUGUGAUUCUACCCCUCACUGUGCUCUACUUGCUUUUGGCAGUCCGUACCUUCGAUGGUGGCAUCCUUAAUUUCCCUCCUCCAUUGCCAUCCCUGCCCGAACUGUGGUGUCCUACUUCUUUUUUAUUUGUAGUUGGCUGGGUGGCACUUCAAGCCCUGCUCUAUUUGCUGCCUUUAGGCAAGAUCACUCAGGGAAUGGUCCUCAGAGAUGGGUCAAGACUGUCAUACCCUAUUAAUGCCUUUCAUGCUCUGUUGAUAACAUCAGGACUCGUUUUCUGCUGUGUACUGGCUGGCUUACCUCUGGGAUACAUUUAUGAUUACAUCAUUCCCUUGGCAGUCUCAGCGGGGUUACUGGCUUUGUGUCUUAGUUUCUUUCUAUAUGUGAAAUCAUUGUGUGCUCCUCAAUCUGCAUUGGCUCCAGGUGGAAAUACAGGCAAUCACUUUUAUGAUUUUUUUAUUGGACAUGAACUUAACCCCCGAUUCAACAGCUUUGAUCUCAAGUACUUCUGUGAGCUUCGACCAGGAUUAAUUGGCUGGGUUGUGAUAAACCUGGCCAUGCUAAUGAAAGAGACAGAACUACGAGGAAGUCCCUCUCUUGCAAUGAUUCUGGUCAAUGUAUUUCAGCUGCUCUAUGUUGUGGAUGCUUUAUGGAAUGAGGAGGCUGUUUUGACUACAAUGGACAUUGUGCAAGAUGGAUUUGGGUUUAUGCUUGCCUUUGGAGACUUGACCUGGGUUCCUUUCACAUACAGCCUGCAGGCCCAUUUCUUGGUCAGACACCCACAAGAGCUUACCAUGUUUAGUGCCUUUGGGAUCAUUUCUUUAAAUGUUCUGGGUUAUUUAAUCUUCCGCUGUGCAAACUCUGAGAAGAACCUCUUUCGCCGAGAUCCCACACACCCUAACAUAGCAGGUCUGGAGACAAUUCCAACAGCAACUGGAAAGAGGCUACUGGUGUCAGGCUGGUGGGGAUUUGUGCGGCAUCCCAAUUAUUUGGGUGAUUUGAUCAUGGCACUGGCCUGGUCUCUACCUUGUGGAUUUUCCCAUGUUCUACCAUAUUUCUAUGUGAUCUACUUUGCUGUCCUGCUUGUGCACAGAGAGGCACGCGAUGAACACCAAUGCCUGAAGAAGUAUGGGUUGGCCUGGCAACAGUACUGCCAACGGGUUCCAUACCGGAUUAUCCCUUAUAUCUACUAACUUGCCAAACUCUUCUUAAAUAAUAGCACCGUCUUCUUUUGUAUUUCUUGCUUAAUACACAACAGGGCUACUGAUGUUAUUCAAGAUGGACUGUGAACUCAGCUUAUCAGACAACAAAACUCUGUUGCUUAAAGUUAUUCUGCAUGGAAUGCUGGUACAAUCUUACAUUAUUUACCCUGUACAAACAGCUGACUCCAUCCCAAAGUGUGUUAUAAGUGGAGAUGAUUUCUGGUAGAUUAAGUGAAAGUGACUUACUCAGGAUCACGCAGUAGAGUAAUUAUUAAGAAAGGAAAAUGGUAACAUUGCCCAUUAGAUCACACUGUCUAAAAGAUGGAAUGAAAUAAUUUACACAAAUUUUGGACAAUACCUCAUUCUAGUAUCAUGAGGGUGACGUGGUGUAACAGAGGUUACAGCUACUACCUCACAGGCCUUUUUCUCUUCGCACUAUGGUUUUCUUCCUAAAUCCUAAAGACAUACAAGUUAACUAACUAGCAUGGCUAAAUUGGACAUGGAUCAAUAAAUGAGCGUGACUUUACAUUGUAGUGGACGAUACCCAAUGCUGCUGGGAUAAACCAAGAGACCCUGAAUUGGAUAACUGGGUUCAGAAGAUGGAUGAAUGAUGAGGACGACAGCAGUUCUGGUCACAUAACAUUUUUGGACCGUUGGUACUGAUGGUGACUAACUACAACUUUUAUGUUUGCAAAAUCAAGUUGCAUUUAUUAUGGUGGCAAUGCAAAUGCCAGUCCUAACUGGAAUUUAAUUUUAAAUUAUUUGCCUAAUGGCACAGUACAAUUUAUUUAUUUUUUAAAAAAUGGCAGACAGUUUUAUUAUCAAAUUUAGAAGGCACAGUAUUGUUUUUUUUUCAGAUUUAGGUAAUAAGUUUGCAAGUGUAAAACUGUGGGAAGACCAUAUUUUCUCCUUUAAACAAAAGUGUACAAAGGGCAAGAACUGUCAAUUAAGUGAAUUUUACAGAAAUAAAUCGCACCUAGAACAGCACGUCUUUGAAGAGAUGUGUUGAAAAAUUCAAUAAUGUUCUGUAGCAAAAAUGUUUUAAGCAUACGGUUAUGGCUUGAAAUUACUGUGCACAUGUCUUCUACAUACAGUAUUAAUUAUGGCAUCACAUCUAAACAAACUCUAAAUGUGUCUGAAAUAUUUUUAAUAAAUUAUUUUUAACAACA